AGAACUAGGGUCGUCGCACGCCAUCUGCUCGCGGCGCCGCCUCCCGCUCCUCCCGCCGCCGUCGCCGCCGCCGCCGCCGCCCUGAGUCACUGCCUGCGCAGCUCCGGCCGCCCGGCUCCGCGUCCGAGCCUCCUGGAACGAUAUUUGGAGUUCUUACAAGAUGGCAGACAUUGACAACAAAGAACAGUCUGAACUUGAUCAAGACUUGGAUGACGUUGAAGAAGUAGAAGAAGAAGAAACUGGUGAAGAAACAAAAAUCAAAGCGCGUCAGCUGACUGUUCAGAUGAUGCAAAAUCCUCAGAUUCUUGCAGCCCUUCAGGAAAGACUGGAUGGUCUGGUAGACACACCAACAGGAUACAUUGAAAGCUUGCCUAAAGUAGUCAAGAGACGAGUGAACGCUCUCAAGAAUCUUCAGGUUAAAUGUGCACAGAUAGAAGCCAAGUUCUAUGAGGAAGUUCAUGAUCUCGAAAGGAAGUAUGCUGUUCUCUAUCAGCCUUUAUUUGAUAAGCGAUUUGAGAUCAUUAAUGCAAUUUAUGAGCCUACAGAAGAAGAAUGCGAGUGGAAAGCGGAUGAGGAGGAAGAAGUUUCGGAGGAACUGAAAGAAAAGGUCAAGAUUGGAGAUGAGAAAAAGGAUGAAGAAAAAGAAGACCCUAAAGGGAUUCCAGAAUUUUGGUUGACAGUUUUUAAGAAUGUUGAUUUGCUCAGUGAUAUGGUUCAGGAGCAUGAUGAGCCUAUUCUGAAGCACUUGAAAGAUAUUAAAGUGAAGUUCUCAGAUGCUGGCCAACCCAUGAGUUUUAUCUUAGAAUUUCACUUUGAACCCAAUGAAUAUUUCACAAAUGAAGUGUUAACAAAGACUUACAGGAUGAGGUCAGAACCGGAUGAUUCUGAUCCCUUUUCUUUUGAUGGACCAGAAAUUAUGGGCUGUACAGGGUGCCAGAUAGAUUGGAAAAAAGGAAAAAAUGUUACUUUGAAAACCAUUAAAAAGAAGCAGAAACACAAGGGACGUGGGACAGUUCGUACUGUGACUAAAACAGUAUCCAACGAUUCUUUCUUUAAUUUUUUUACCCCUCCUGAAGUUCCUGAGAAUGGAGAUCUGGAUGAUGAUUCGGAGGCUAUACUGGCUGCAGACUUUGAAAUUGGUCACUUUUUACGGGAGCGGAUAAUCCCGAGAUCAGUGCUGUACUUUACUGGGGAGGCUAUUGAGGAUGAUGACGAUGAUUAUGAUGAAGAAGGUGAAGAAGCUGAUGAGGAAGGGGAAGAAGAAGGAGAUGAGGAAAAUGACCCUGACUAUGACCCAAAGAAGGAUCAGAACCCCGCAGAGUGCAAGCAGCAGUGAAGCAGAAGGCCUGGCCUUGAGGACGGCCUGCCCUGUAAUAGCCUAAGCUCGACUCAGUUACUCACAGCCUUAUGGUUUUGUAUUUUCUUGGUAGAAUCAGUAAGUUUUUAAAGGAAAGGAAAUUGAUAUUUUAAAGAUCAAUUUGUUCUGCCUAGACUCCUUACUAUAGUUCUGUCAGAUAUGUUGAAUGCACAUAAAUCCUCUCUAUUGCAUGUUCAUUUAUUGCUGCAGCUUGGUUCUUCCGGAAUAUUUUCAUCAUGUAGCUAUUGUAAUACAAUUACGAAAAUCAACUGUUGAGCUCAUUUGGUUUAGCUGCUGCCUUCCUAAAGAACCAAAGUUGGUUUCAGCUGGUAGAAGAACAAGUUGAAGUCUGCCUGCAUCCACUCAUGCUUCCGUAGUGUUGCUAGGGGAUGCGGUGACUGACAUGUUGGAGAAAGGAAAAUUGUGGUUAAGAAUUUCCAGUAAGAUCAAACCUAAUAACUGAGGUUAUUAAGGGAGUUUUAUAUUUUAGAUGCUGAAACAGAAGUUGAUUCAUGGCUGUUAGUUAAGCAAGCUGAACAAAUGCUAGGUGUUGUUUUUUCUUGUUUUGUUUUGUUUUUUUCCCAGAACUUAAUCUGAUAGUAUUUAAAUGUACUUUGAAGACCUCUAUUAAUGAAGUAUCUUUUCUUUGCGGUAGGGACUACCUUCUGCUUUCCUGGAAAGGAUGGACUCACAUCAUUUGAACCUAUUUUGAAUUUUUCUCUUGUUUGUUUGCCUAAUUUUGUUUUUAUAGCCUAAAAUAAAAAUGUCACACAGUU